CUCUCUUUUAAGGAACACGGCGCCGCCCCUCAUUUUCCCGCUUCCUAGACCCCAGACUCACCGACCUUGUUCCCUUCACUCUCAGGACUCGGCAGCCGAAGGGGCGGGACGGGGCCUCGGAUUGGCUGUUGUCGGCCGACCCCCCCCUCACUGUUGUCCAGUCCUUCCCGGCCGCAGGCGCCUGCGCAAUGGGCCGGCCGUGGGGGGCGGGAAGCGCUUCGGGGCAGUGGAGCCCAUGUCGGCCUUGAGGCGCUCGGGGUACGGCCCCAGUGACGGUCCGUCUUAUGGCCGCUACUACGGACCUGGGGUUGGAGAUGUGCCCGUGCACCCACCUCCGCCCUUAUAUCCUCCUCGCCCUGAACCUCCCCAGCCUCCCAUUUCCUGGCGGGUGCGCGGGGGCGGCCCGGCUGAGACCACCUGGCCGGAAGACUGCGGAGGAAGCGAUGGCUACUAUCCCUCUGGAGGCGCCUGGCCGGAGCCGGGGCGAGCUGGAGGAAGCCACCAGGAGCAGCCACCAUAUCCUAGCUACAAUUCUAACUAUUGGAAUACUCCUGCACGACCUAGGGCUCCUUACCCAAGUACAUAUCCUGUAAGACCAGAAAUGCAAGGCCAGAGUUUGAAUUCUUAUACAAAUGGAGCAUAUGGCCCACCAUACCCCACUGGCCCCGGGACAAAUACUGCCUCAUACUCCGGGGCUUAUUACACACCUGGAUAUACUCAGACCCAUUACUCCACAGAGGUUCCAAGCACUUACCGUUCACCUGGCAACAGCCCAACCCCAGUCUCUCGUUGGAUAUAUCCCCAGCAGGACUGCCAGACUGAAGCACCCCCUCUUAGGGGGCAGGUUCCAGGAUAUCCUGCUUCACAGAACCCUGGAAUGACCCUGCCCCAUUAUCUUUAUGGGGAUGGUAAUCGUAGUGUUCCACAACCAGGACCAACUGUACGACCACAAGAGGAUUCAUGGGCUUCUCCUGGUGCUUACGGAAUGGGAACCCGUUACCCCUGGCCUUCAGCUGCACCCUCAGCACCACCUGGGAAUCUCUACAUGAGUGAAAGUACUUCGCCAUGGCCUAGCAGUGGCUCUCCUCAGCCACCUCCGUCACCCCCACCCCAGCAGCCCAAGGAUUCCUCAUACCCCUAUAGUCAAUCAGAUCAAGGCAUGAACCGGCACAGCUUUCCUUGCACUGUCCAUCAGUACGAGUCCUCGGGAACAGUGAGCAAUAACUCAGAUCUUUUGGAUUCCCAAGUCCAGUAUAGUGCUGAGCCCCAGCUGUAUGGUAAUGCCACCAAUGAACAUCCCAGCAAUCAAGAUCAAAGUAAUAAUCUUCCAGAAGAGUGUUUAUCUUCAGAUGAAGGUACCCCUCCAAGUAUUAAAAAAAUCAUACACGUGCUGGAGAAGGUCCAGUAUCUUGAGCAAGAAGUAGAAGAGUUCGUAGGAAAAAAGACAGACAAAGCAUACUGGCUGCUGGAGGAAAUGCUAACCAAGGAACUUUUGGAACUGGAUUCAGUUGAAACUGGGGGCAGAGACUCUGUUCGGCAGGCCAGGAAAGAGGCUGUUUGUAAAAUUCAGGCCAUACUGGAAAAACUGGAAAAAAAAGGAUUAUGAAAAGAUUUAGAACAAAGGGGAAGCCUGUUACUGAGUUGACCAAAGAACUCUUGAUUUUGGUUAAUUACCCUCUUUUGAAAUGCCUGUUGAUGACAAGAAGCAAUACAUUCCAACUUUCUUUGAUUUAAAACUUGAAAACUGGUAAAAGACUUGGAAGAACAUUUUAAUUAUGAGUUGUUUUCAGUUUUCAGACCAAUGAAUGUAAUAGGAAACUGUGGAGUUAUCAACAUUGCCAAGUAGAUUCACUCCUUAAGAAAUUUAUGGAUAUCUGCAAGCUGCUUCUUAUCAGCAGGAAGGAAAUAUACUUUAUGUAACAGGCUUAACAGAAACCUAGUGGGUGAGACGGGAUAUAAUCUGAGACAAACAGGCUCUGUUUUUUUAAACAUGUGGAUUACUUGUCGCAUUUUUGUACAUUGUGACUGCUUUCAGCAUAGACUUCAUGUGUAAAUUACAGCUUGGACUUUAGCCUUCUUGGACCUCUGUUUUGUUUUGUUAUUUGCAGUUCACAAAUAUAGUAUUAUUCUCUA